AUGGCGGCACCUAAAGAAAUCCCUCUCGACGAAAUUCAAUGGCACGACCCGUUCGAGAUACAGAGGAUCGGGGGACUCCAUUCCAAUACAGUCCUGUUCUACUUUGCCUCGUCUCCGUUCUUUGAUGGUACUUCGAAUAAUGCAAUCGUCUAUAACCAAGCGGUUCAUAAUGAGAACAUGAACCAUCUUAUACAUACGCGCGAGGCGUUUGAAGGUCGUUUAAGAGAAAUGACAGGGUUGGAGUUCAUGGUUGCGCAAGAGCCUGCAGAGUCCGGGCCCGGCAUGGGAACUGGUGUUUGGGUCAUUCACAAGCAGACUCGCCGUAAGCGCGAACCUAAGGACGAGAUCAUCGUCCAUGCCGCCUAUUACCUUGUGGGGGAUCACAUCUACAUGGCACCUUCAUUCUCGGAUAUUGUCAACCAUACAAUGAUUACGAUUACCGAGAAACUGAGCAAGUGUUUUGCAAUCGCAGAUAAAGCACGAACCUGGUCGCCGUCUACCGGACAUGGUUACAACACUGCAUCAGCCACUACAAGCGCCAAAGCGCAUGCACUCGAGUCGAAGGGUACAACGCCAAUGCCCAAUACGCAAGAGAGCAGCACUUCGGAGGCUAAGAAACCCACCCGGUCGGCCGUAGACUCACGCCUAGCCGAACAUUCCUUCAUGAUCCACAUGCAGUAUGGCGGGGAGUACAUGGACGAGAACCCCAUCACCGGCAAGCCGGGCGAGUUCCACCUCUCCUCGACAGGACGCAAGGACAAGAUGCCGACCUUAGCUCUACCGAGUCUUAACACGACAAUGGUGAGCUCGUCGCUGACCCAGCCGGACAAGAAGGAUGCGAAGGCGGGAGAGAAGACGCCGAAGACACCAACGGGAAUGUCGAAGAUCAAGCGUAAGAAGAGCAAGGCUGGCGCAACUCCAACUUCGGCAUAG